CUUUUACAAAACACGCUUUUUGUCAGUGAAUUUGCCUUCUGAGCGCAGUGUUUUUACUUUUCUUAUUUUUUUCUUAUUUAAUUUAAACACAAGAAUCAUUUAAAAAAAUUAUCAAAGUAAUAAAAGAAAAAACUCAUUUAAUUAAGGAAAAUGGCAGAUAUUGAUGAUUUAUUUGAUUGUUUCGAAAGCAAAGAAGACACAACAUCUGUCCCAGUUGCUGAAGAAAAUGUCCCCACAGUCGAUUUAGACGAAGAAGAAGAAAAUAAACCAGUACCAAAACGCCAACACAAUGAUAAUGACACCUCUUCUUACAAACGUCCCAAAGUUACCGAAUCAAUACUUGACGACAUCUGCGUUGAGGCUCUCAACACUCGCAUAUCAGUUCACGUUAUAGAAUCACCCGACUCAUGCACCCACGAGGUGGCAACGUACCCGGGACAAGAAUAUACCCCAUUAACUCCAUUCACUGGUCCCCCCUCUAAAGAAUAUCCAUUCAUAUUGGAUCCUUUUCAAAAAGAAGCAAUCAUGUGCAUUGACAACAACCAAAGUGUUCUUGUCUCCGCACACACCUCCGCAGGCAAAACUGUCGUCGCUGAAUAUUCAAUUGCUAAAUCUCUUAACGCCAAACAACGAGUCAUUUACACAACUCCUAUUAAAGCCCUGUCCAAUCAGAAAUUCCGUGAAUUCACCGAAGAAUUCAAGGAUGUUGGUUUGGUCACAGGUGAUGUGACCAUCAAUCCAUCGGCUUCUUGUCUCAUUAUGACAACAGAAAUUCUCAGAAAUAUGUUGUAUAGAGGUUCGGAGAUUAUGCGAGAAGUCGGUUGGGUGGUUUUCGAUGAAAUCCAUUACAUGCGUGAUAAAGAACGUGGCGUUGUCUGGGAGGAGACUUUAAUCCUUUUACCUGACAAUGUCAGGUAUGUCUUUCUCUCGGCUACUAUUCCCAAUGCUCGUCAAUUUGCCGAGUGGGUGUGUCAUCUGCAUAAGCAACCUUGUCAUGUGGUUUACACUGAUUAUCGUCCAACUCCUCUGCAACAUUAUAUAUUCCCAGCUGGAGGCGAUGGCAUCCAUUUGAUUGUGGACGAAAAGGGUAUUUUUAAGGAGGACAACUUCAAUACAGCCAUGCAAGUCCUCCAGGGAGCUGGCGAUGCAGCCAAGGGUGAUCAAAAGGGUAGAAAGGGUGGAAUUAAGGGAGUCAAUGCGGGACAGACAAAUAUCUUUAAGAUUGUCAAAAUGAUUAUGGAGCGUAACUUCGCUCCGGUGAUCAUUUUCUCUUUCAGUAAGAAAGAGUGUGAAGUUUAUGCAAUGCAGAUGGCUAAACUCGACUUUAACACAAAUGAGGAAAAGAAGCUAGUCGAUGAAGUCUUUAAUAAUGCUCUCAGUGUUCUCUCUGAGGAGGAUCGACAGUUGCCUCAGGUGGAGAAUGUUUUGCCACUAUUGCGACGUGGAAUUGGCAUCCAUCAUGGUGGACUAUUGCCAAUUCUUAAAGAAAUCAUUGAAAUUUUAUUCGGUGAAGGUUUGAUUAAGGCUCUUUUUGCCACUGAAACCUUUGCCAUGGGAUUGAAUAUGCCCGCGAGGACUGUACUUUUUACGGCUCCGAGAAAAUUCGAUGGUAAAGAUUUUCGAUGGAUUACUUCGGGAGAAUAUAUUCAGAUGUCUGGUCGUGCUGGGCGUCGUGGUAUUGAUGACAAAGGUAUUGUCAUACUUAUGAUUGAUGAGAAAGUUUCACCAUCUGUGGGAAGGGCUAUUGUUCAAGGCAAAGCAGAUCCUAUUAAUUCGGCGUUCCAUUUGACUUAUAACAUGGUUUUGAAUUUGCUUAGGGUUGAGGAAAUCAAUCCGGAAUACAUGUUGGAGAGGUCAUUCUUUCAAUUCCAAAAUCAGAGUUCCAUUCCGGAAUUGUAUAAACAGGUUCAAGAUAAACAACUGGAACUGGAGAAAAUCAAAAUUCCCGAUGAACACAGUGUGGCAUCUUAUCAUCAUAUUCGUGAUCAAUUGGACACUUUGGGCAAACAAUUCAGAACUUACAUUACCAAACCUGAAUAUUUGAUGCCAUUUUUACAGCCAGGUCGACUUGUCAAAGUUCAAAAUGAAACCGAUGAAUUUGACUGGGGAAUAGUAGUGAAUUUUAAGAAACAAGCAGAUAAAAUUCGUAACCCACUUAAAUCAGAGACAAAUGUAAUCGUAGACGUUCUACUGUAUGUCACUGAAGAAUCAGCCAAAACCGACGAACCUAAACCAUGUACUCCCGGAAAAAAAGGCAACAUGGAAGUUGUCCCAGUUCUGCAUAAACUCAUUUCGCAAAUUUCCUCCUUACGAGUAUACUAUCCAAAUGACUUACGUCCAGCUGACAAUCGUAAAAGUGUUCUUAAAACUGUCGAAGAGGUUAAGAAACGUUUUCCCAAGGGACCACCACUUUUGAAUCCUAUCAAAGAAAUGCACAUUAAGGAACCAGAAUUCAAACAAAUUGUCGAAUCAAUUGAUAAAUUCGAAGAACGACUUUUUGCCCAUCCACUGCACAAUGCCAAAGAGUUGCAGGCUCUUUAUGGCAAAUACACUGGCAAACUGGAAGUUCAAAAUGAGUUGAAAACUGUCAAAGGCAAACUGAAGGAGGCCCGGAGCCUACUGCAAAUGGACGAACUACAAAAGAGGAAGAGAGUAUUGCGACGAAUGGAAUACUGCACAGCAUCGGAUGUUAUCGAAUUUAAGGGUCGUGUUGCGUGUGAACUCAGUUCGGCCGAUGAACUGCUCAUGACCGAAUUGAUAUUCAAUGGAGUGUUCAAUGAACUGACCACUGCCCAAUCCGUUUCACUACUAUCGACUUUUGUGUGUGACGAAAAAUCUUCCGAAACGCCACAAUCCACCGAAGAACUAUCUGGGCCACUUCGCUCAAUGCAAGAAUUGGCACGCAGAAUUGCCAAAAUCUCCAAUGAAUGUAAGCUAGAUCUAGACGAGGAGACUUAUGUGGAAAAAUUCAAACCUUUUAUGAUGGAUGUUGUGUUGGCGUGGUGCAAGGGAGCAUCGUUUUUGAGUGUUUGCAAAAUGACAGAUAUAUUUGAAGGAUCGAUUAUUCGUUGUAUGCGACGAUUGGAAGAGCUUCUCAGGCAGAUGUGUCAAGCGGCAAAGACAAUUGGUAAUACAGAGUUGGAGAAUAAAUUUUCGGAGGGUGUUCGAUUGCUGAAAAGAGAUAUUGUAUUUGCUGCUUCAUUAUAUUUGUAAAAAAAAAAAAAACAAAAUUAUAACAUUUUGACCGAAAUGAUGGAUGA